CCAGCAGGAAAGUUUAAGUUGGGGUACGGGAUCGUACAUUGCCUUUAAAAGCUCUGGGGUCUCCCCAGUUUCUAUCCCUGCACGUAAGAAAAGAAGUCAUUCUCUUUGGUAGGCUUUUUUUUCUUUUAAGCGAACCUUUCUACAACCGCCGCGAACAUACAGUUUUUGACCUAUGAAGGAUCCGUCAAAUCUCGCGAUACGAGCAGCUCGCGGGGACGCUGUCAUGGCUGCUCCUAUAUAUAACCACGGGGUUCUAACCUAAGCCCUUCCCCUACAGGAAAACAACAGCAUGUGUUCUCUUUCACUAGUUGAAGCGACGUUUGUGUCAUAUCGACAACUCUAAAGCCAUUUGAAAGUGUUUCGGUGGAUAGCAAAAUGAAUAACAGAGCAGGUUCCUUUUUGUGGAACCUCAGACAAUGCAGUUCUUUAGUACUAAGCAGAACUGCGAGGCUGUAUCCUGUGGGAUUUUGCAGACCAAAAAGUGUUUAUUCGAACUGGAACCCAAGAAACCUUUUAAAUAACUUCGAUAAUAGAAUGCAAUCAUAUAUAAGAUACCGCUUUCAGGAUGCCUUGAUUUCUAAAUCAGGAGGUAAUCACUUUCAAACAAAAGGCAUAAGCACUCAAACAGUCCUUCCAGUUUACACACUACUUUGUCCUAGAAGACUAUCCUUUGACUCAAAACAGUCUCGUGUCUCUGAUAAUGGAUUGAAGAAAAACUUUCAUCAUGAAGCUUCCAAUGACUAUGUUCUCACCAAGGAAACAAAAUCAACCCCUGUCAACUACAGAAAACUGUCUCAGGAGUGUAAUUCCCUGAGUGAUGUGUUAGAUACAUUUUCAAAAGCACCUACAUUUCCUAGUAGUAACUAUUUCUCAGCGAUGUGGACAAUUGCCAAAAGGAUGUCUGUUGACCAGAGGCGCUUUGAAAAACAACUGAUGUUUAACCACCCUGCGUUUACACAGCUGUGUGAACAAAUGAUGAGAGAAGCCAAGGUCAUGUACUGUGACCACCUGCUGUUCAGUCUUCAUGCUGUGGUGAAGCUUGGAAUUCCUCAGAACACUCUUCUGGUACAGACUUUGCUGAGGGUGGUCCAGGAACGUAUCAAUGAGUGUGAUGAGAAAUGUCUUUCAGUUUUGUCAACUGUUUUAGAGGCAAUGGAGCCAUGCAAGAAUGUGGAUGUUCUUCGAGCAGGAUUGCGGAUAAUAGUUGAUCAACAAAUUUGGAAAAUAGAACAUGUCUUCACCUUGCAAACUGUGAUGAAAUGUAUUGGAAAAGAUGCACCUAUUGCUCUUAAAAAGAAACUGGAGAUGAAAGCCUUGAGGGAAUUAGACAGAUUUUCUCUUUUGAAUAGCCAGCGCAUGUUUGGGGCUCUAGCCACCAUGAAUCAUCGUUCUGUUACACUUCUUAAUGAAUGCAGUAAGGUGAUCAUAGGUAAUAUUCAUGGGUGUCCUUUUAAAAUAUUGAUCAACAUACUGCAGUCUUGCAAAGAUCUCCAAUACCGUAAUUUAGAUCUUUUUAAGGGAAUAGCAGAUUAUGUGGCUACCACUUUUGACAUCUGGAAGUUGAAACAAGUUCUUUUUCUCCUCAUUUUAUUUGAAAACCUUGGCUUUCGACAUAGUGGUUUGAUGGACUUGUUUAUGAAGAAAGUAGUAGAUGAACCUGGCUUCCUAAACAUGAAAAGCACUGUUUCUAUUCUUCACGUGUAUUCUUCUCUCAAUCACCUCCACGAGUGCCAGCCCCGAGAGUUCCUAGAGGUGAUGGCCAGUGCUCUGACUGGUUAUCUUCACCACAUCUCUUCUGAAAACCUAUUGAAUGCUGUGUGUUCAUUUUGCUUGAUGAAUCAUUUUCCUCUGGCCCCUAUCAAUCAGCUUCUUCAAAAGGACAUCAUCAAUGAGCUACUGAUAUCAGGCGACAUGGAGAGGAACGUUCACAAGCUUCAUAUUUUGACAACCUGUCUAAAGCUUGAUGAUGUUCCCUAUCGCAAGGCCAUAGACCUACCACUGCCACUGCCGCCAUCCACACCAUUACAUCCAAAUGCAAAGGUCGCUGAGGCACUCCGUAGCCUUCUGGGAGAAGGGUACUUCUCAGAAAAUGUACAGUUGCCACAUAAUUAUCAUAUUGAUUUUGAAUUCAAAAUGGAUACUAAUAGGAGUCAAGUGCUUCCACUUUCUGAUGUGGAUGUGGUAACUUCUGCUUCAGAUAUUCAAAGAAUAGCCAUACUGUGUGUUCCUAGAUCUAAUUACUGUUUGGAUUCAAAUCACCCCAGAGGAUUCCUUGCUAUGAAAAUGCGGCAUUUGAAAGUAAUGGGUUUUCAUGUGAUCUUGGUCAAUAAUUGGAAGAUGGAAAAGCUAGAGAUGAAGGAUGCAGUCGCAUAUUUGAAGUCUGAAAUCUAUUCAAGUGAAGACCCUCCUGCUUCUGAUGUUAAUUUUCAAAGCACAUGUUAAAGUAAAAAGCAACUUUUUCAUAUUAGGAGACAUAAAUUUGUAAAAAUAAUUUAAUAAAGACUACAAUUCAGUUGUCAAUAGAGUUCAGCUGACUUUUUGAAAAGGUUAGUGCUAAAAGGAAGUUUAGCAGUAAUUUAAUCCACCUCCCUCAUUUAUGUAUGAGGAAGUUAAAGCUCAAAGAAUUGGAUUUUCCUGGAGUCUCAGGCACAUCACUUGGUUCCCACAUCAUUUCAUCCUCUAUUGCUCUUUAGCUUGUGUCUCAAGAAAUUUGGAUGUUGGUUCCAGAUUGGACAUCACCCAGUUUUAUAUGUGUGGCCAAAUGAUUUAUUCCUUAUAAACUUCAGAGCAAGAGUUGAAAAUAUUCUGUUAUUAAAUUAAGAUUCAUCUCCAAA